AUGGUCCUAAAAUACCAUAGACCAUCUGGUAGUCGGAGCUACAAGGACUACUCUGAGGAAUCCUUGAAGAAGGCUGUAGUCGCAGUGAAAAGUGGUAUUUUCCGUCGAAAAGCUGCAGUGGAGUUUGGAAUACCACGAGCUACACUCAAUAGAGCGGUUGAAGAUAAACCUCUGAAUAAGGUAGGUUGGCCAUGCGUUCUGUCUGAAGAGGAACAAGUAAGACUUGCUGAAUGUGUGAGCCUGGCUGGUGAUUGGGGAUUUCCACUGAAUAUGCUAGAUAUCAGACUGAUUGUUAAAGGAUUUUUAGAUCGUAGUGGAAGAAAUAAAAAAAGGUUCAAGAACAACAUGCCUGGUGUGGAAUUUGCCAUGGCUUUUGUACAGAGAUAUAAAAGCAAACUUUCGAAUAAGCUAUGUCAGAACGUAGAGAGAAGCAGAGCGGCUGUAAGCGAAGAAAUUAUAAACAGUUACUUCGAUGAACUCCAAGGCACACUUGACGGUGUUGAUCCUGCAAUGAUAAUUAAUUAUGAUGAGACCAAUAUGACAGACGACCCCGGGCGGAAGAAAGUUGUAGUUCGUCGAGGAUUCCGCCAUCCAGAACGAAUCAUUGAUUUUUCUAAAUCGAGCACUUCAGUGAUGUUCUCAGGAAGUGCUGAUGGGAUUCAUCUCCCUCCCUACAUAACGUACAAAGCAGAGAAUCUAUAUGAUACCUGGACAGUAAGUGGUCCUAAGGGUGCUUUCUACAAUCGAUCCAAAAGUGGGUGGUUCACUCUAGAGAUCUUUGAGGACAGGUUUCGGAAAGUCGCUCUGCCUUAUUUUAAAAAGUUUGACAAAGAUGCCACAAAAGUAAUGAUUGGCGACAAUCUGGCAAGUCACAUAUCACCAUGGAUAAUAGAAGAGUGCAAGAGUCAUAACAUUAAGUUUUUGCUGUUGCCUCCAAACAGCACAUAUUAUACUCAGCCCCUAGAUGUGGCAUUUUUUCGUCCUCUAAAAAUUAAAUGGAGGCAAACUUUUAAUGACUGGAAACUCAAAAACCGUGGAUGUGUACCAAAGGACAGAUUUCCCCGUCUUUUAAGACAAUGUUUAGAGGCUCUAAGUGAAGAAAAUGUGAAAAACAAUUUAGUGAGUGGUUUUAAAGCAACUGGGAUAGUGCCCUUAGAUCGCCAACAAGUAUUGAAGAGGCUUCCCAAGGUUACCAAAAAUGAUGAUACUAACAGCGAGAAGGAUCUGAAUUCUAGUAAUGCUGAAAGUGAUUGGGUUGAGACUUUCAAAAGUUAUCUUGGUGACAGUAGAAAGAAAGAGACUCAGCCAACAAGAAAGAUGAAGAAAAAGAAAUUAAAUGUUCCAGCAGGAAGAGGAGUGGAAGGUCUUGGGGAGAUAGAAGCAGAAGAUAGUACUAAUGAUCACUGUAAUAAUCCUCAACCCUGCACUUCCUCUGCAUGA